AUGCGAAAGGAAAGAGUGGAAGAAGGGAGGGAAGAGGGUGACGUGAAUAGUUUCGGUAGGGAUUCAGCUGCAACCUCCACCAUCGCGUAUACUCUCCUCUCUCCUUUGCUUGUUUCAUUACUACUUCACGUUACUUUCAAGGAUUCAAUUCGGAUAGGUGGGGUAUGGGUUGAGUUUGUCGAGUCAUCUAAUGAAGCCAUCAUGAUCCAUCGCUAUCAGCUUUUCUAG